CGGCGGGACCCUGAGAGGGAGGCUGCGGCGGCGGCGGCAGCGGCAGCGGCGGCGGCCGAGAAGCCGGUCCGGGGUCGGGCUCCGGGAGGCGGGGAGGUGCGCGCAGCGGCCCGGGGCGGUCGCGGUCGCGGUCGCGGCGGUGCGGAGCGGGGCGGGCGGCUGGGCCGGGGGAGAGCCCCGCGGGCGGCCUCCAUAUGAGGGCCCGGGGCAGGACGGCGCCAUGAGCUGCCCGGGGCCGGCGGGCGGGCCGAGCCUCCAGGCCCCGGGCGGCCUGGGCCGGCAGCGGGGGGCGGCGGCGCCGCUGCCGCCCAGCCCCGAGCCACCCGCGGGGCUCCUGGAGGUGGGCCCCGCGCCCGUGGUGGUGCUGCCGCCCGCGGUCCCGGGAGCGCCCGAGCUGCAGAAGCGCGUGCUGGACCUGGAGAAGAGCCUGCAGUUCGUGCAGCAGCAGCACGCCGACACUCUGCUGAGCCUGCACGCCGAGGUGGACCGGCUGCGCCGGGACAACCGCGAUCUUCACUAUAAACUCAUAAUGAAUCAGAAGCUGCAGCGGAAAGAAACAAAGUGGGAGCUUUUUCCGCGGGAAGUUGCAGAAAACCAGACUCCUUGCACCCGAGCCGUAUCGGAGCUGAAUGGGGCGCGCUGGGCAGGAUGCCUUUGGUCCCCGAAGCUCUGGAGGCGACUCCUGCUCGGGCACAGACCGUCUGAAGGCCCUUCGCCCUCUGCAGGUGUGACUUCUUCCAAUUCCCAUUUUCCCAAGUCCAACUCGGGCACGGUGCCGCCAGGUUGCUCCAGAGCCAAGCAUGCGUUUUGCUGCCCGAAGAAGCAAGAGGUGGGGGAGUCCAGAGGAGAGGAGCAGGACCCCGGCAUCAGGAUGGAGAAGGAGCCCGCCGGGGCCGAAGCCAUGGAAGCCUCGGCCGCCACGGUGACGCCCAUGGUGUCCUGCCAGCCCCAGUUCAAGCACGUCCUGGGGAUCACGUCGUCGCUGAAGCUGCCCCCGCACCUGCGGAAGCUCUCCACCCUGCAGCAGUGCGAGCUGGUCAUCCGCCAGCUGUGGAACGCCAACCACCUGCAGGCGCAAGAGCUGCAGCACCUGAAAUCGGCCCUGGAAGCCGGCCCGCGACAGGCAGCCGACGGCUUCCUGGUCAACCGUUCCAAGAGGGCAUUGGGAGAAAAAAAUAGUAGUCACCAGUGUGUGUUCUCUGCAGGGUCCUGUGCCAGGGUACACAGAAGGGGAAACCGAGCUCUUCCCGGGAAAGAAAUUCUCUCGAUGAAACCCACGGCUCUUCCCCUGGUGAGACGAGCCGGCGGGCCGCCGGCAUCCAAGGGGAUCCUGGCUCUGGCUUCUCCAGGCUGUUGUGGCCGAGGAGGCAGGAAGGACAGGCAUCAGGCAGGCAUGCAGUUUCCCAAAGUGGCCGAUAAGAGCGCGGCGAAAAAAUGCUUGAUCCUCGCUCCGAUACCCGGGGCAGAGAGAGCAGUCUUGCCGGCCCUGAAGCAAACCUUGAGAAAUAGCUUUGCCGAAAGACAGAAGAAAAUGCAGGCCAUCCAGAGCCGCCGCCUGCACCGCACGGUCCUGUAGCCGGCCUGGGGAGCGGCGAGGGCGCCGCGGCCGGCCGGGGGCGAGCUUCCUCCCUGGCCCGGGUCCGACUGCCGCCGUUCUCCCCAGAACAUACGUUAACAGAGAUGAAUUACGAGAUUCCUAUUUCCCUACCAGCGAGAGCUUGUUGAAUUAAAUCUCAUUUAUCUA